AUGUGCAGACAAUUCGGCGCAGAGAACGAGGGCUCCGCCAUGGCCGUCCAGCAGGCGCGCGAGGUGCUGCCCACCAACGUGAAGCCUCUCCACUACGACCUGACCCUCGAGCCCGACUUUGAGAAGGCCACCUAUGAGGGCUCCGUGACGAUUGAUCUUGAUGUGGUAGAGAACUCCACAGAGAUCACACUGAACACCAUUGACCUAAAGAUCCACUCCGCGAAGGUCACGUCCGGUGAUAAACUUAUCUCGAGCUCCCCAGAGCUUACCAACGAUGACGAUGCUCAAACCACCAAGGUCGGCUUCAAGGAUACCAUACCAGGCGGGGCAAAGGCCUCGCUUACCCUGACAUUUACGGGCACAUUGAACGACAAUAUGGCGGGUUUCUACCGUUCGUCGUUCAAGGCCGAGGAUGGCUCAAAGACAUGGUUGGCAACCACGCAGAUGGAGCCUACCGAUGCCCGCCGCGCGUUCCCCUGCUUCGAUGAGCCGGCACUCAAGUCUACCUUCACCGUGACACUCGUCGCUGAAGACAAGAUGACCUGCUUGAGCAACAUGGAUGUUGCUUCAGAGAAGACGGUGGAGUCUCAGGUCGUCAAGGGCGAGAAGCGGAAGGCAGUCACUUUCAACCCCACACCGCUCAUGUCCACAUACCUCCUCGCAUUCAUUGUGGGAGAGCUCAACUAUGUCGAGACCAAUGACUUCCGCGUGCCGGUUCGCGUGUAUGCGCCCAAGGACCGAGAUAUCGAACACGGCCGUUUCUCGCUUGACCUCGCAGCUAAGACGCUCGCCUUCUACGAGAAGACUUUUAACAGCCCGUUCCCUCUGCCCAAGAUGGACAUGGUCGCUAUUCCCGACUUCAGUGCAGGCGCUAUGGAGAACUGGGGCUUGAUCACAUACCGUGUCGUUGAUGUGCUCAUCGACGAGAAGAACAGCGGUGCCAGCCUCAAGCAGCGUGUCGCCGAGACUGUGCAGCAUGAGCUUGCACAUCAGUGGUUCGGCAAUCUAGUCACUAUGGACUUCUGGGAUGGCUUGUGGCUUAACGAGGGGUUCGCAACAUGGAUGUCUUGGUACUCGUGCAACGUCUUCUAUCCCGAUUGGAAGGUAUGGGAGGGGUACGUUACCGAUAAUCUCUCCUCAGCCUUGUCGCUCGACUCGCUCCGCAGCAGCCAUCCAAUCGAAGUCCCUGUCAAGCGUGCAGAUGAGAUCAAUCAGAUCUUUGAUGCCAUCUCGUACUCCAAGGGAUCCUGUGUCAUCCGCAUGAUCUCAAAGUACCUUGGUGAAGACGUUUUCAUGGAAGGAAUCCGGAGAUACCUCAAAAAGCAUGCCUACGGCAACACCCAGACCGGUGAUCUGUGGGCGGCACUGAGCGACGCCAGCGGCAAAGAUGUCGAGAAAGUCAUGGACAUCUGGACUAAGCAUGUCGGCUUCCCCGUCGUCACUGUUACCGAAGGGUCGGACUCUAUCCACCUCAAGCAGAAUCGUUUCCUGCGUACGGCUGAUGUGAAGCCCGAGGAGGAUCAGACCCUCUACCCCAUCUUCCUCGGCCUACGUACCAAGGAAGGCGUCGACCAGGAACUGGCUCUGACCACUCGCGAAGCUGACUUCAAGCUCAAGGACCUCGACUUCUUCAAGCUCAACGCCGACCACACCGGAAUCUACCGCACCUCGUACAGCCCCGAACGUCUGCGGAAACUGGGUCUUGCCGCCAAGGAUGGACUCCUCACCGUGGAAGACCGUGCGGGUAUGAUUGCUGACGCUGGAGCGCUGGCUACCUCGGGCUACCAGAAGACGUCUGGUAUCCUCUCACUUCUUGACAGCUUCAAGGACGAGACUGAGUUCGUUGUCUGGCAGGAAAUCAGCAGCCGCAUUAGUGUGCUGCGCUCUGCCUGGCAAUUUGAGGACCAAGCUGUCAAGGAUGCUCUCAAGACCUUCCAGCUCAAGCUGACGCAGGACAAGGCACACGAGCUGGGAUGGACCUUCACCGAAAAGGAUGGACAUCUUGAGCAGCAGUUCAAGGCAAUGAUGUUCGGUACUGCUGGUGUUGCGAAAGACGACUCUAUCGUCAAAGCGUCUUUCGACAUGUUUAACAAGUUCAAGAACGGCGACCGAUCCGCCAUCCACCCCAACCUCCGUGGCAGCGUGUAUGCUAUUGUUCUGAGCAACGGUGGUGCGGCAGAGUAUGAUGUAGUCAAGAACGAGGCCAUAAAUGCCAAGACGAGCGAUGAGCGUAACACGGCUAUGCGAUCUCUGGGUCGUGCUAAGACUCCUGAACUCAUUCAGCGCACUUUGGCCUUGUCUCUGAGCGACGACGUCAAGGCACAGGAUAUCUACCUGCCGCUCUCAUCUCUGCGUACGCACCCAGAGGGUAUCAAGGCUCUUUGGGCAUGGACACAGGAGAACUGGAAGGAGCUUGAGAAGAGGCUUCCUCCUAGCUUGAGCAUGCUCAGCUCAGUCGUCUCUAUCUCGACGUCCAGCUUCACGCGCAAGGAGCAUAUCAAGGAGAUCGAGGCGUUCUUCGCAGACAAGAGUACCAAGGGCUUCGACAAGGCGCUUGCUCAGAGCAUUGACGCCAUUAGUGCGAAGGCAGCUUGGAUCGAGCGCGAUUCAGAAGAUGUGAAGGCUUGGCUAAAGGAGAACAAGUACUUGUAA